AUGUCAACAGUUCAAUCUCUCUAGCGCACCAGGCUCAGCAAGUACUUCCUCAACAUGUUGGCCUAUCAGAUAUGUUGCUGCUGCGGCCCUGCCCCGUGCUCUCUGUGCUGCUCCUUCUGUCCUCCCGUCAAGUCUUCCACCAGCACGCGGGUCAUGUACAUUCUGUUCCACAUCCUGGCCUGUGCUGUCUCGUGCCUCAUGUUGUCCAGGACUGUGACUGAAACCGUGAGAGAGAAUGUGCCUUUCUUUACUCUGGUGUGUGACCAGGCCAGAGGGGGUGGGGACUGUGAGAUGCUGGUGGGGUACUCAGCGGUUUACAGAGUGUGCUUUGGCACUGCCUGCUUCCACCUGAUGAUGGCGCUCUUUCUCAUCGACGUCAAGUCCAGCCAAGACUUCCGCGCAUUCAUCCACAAUGGGUUCUGGUGUCUGAAGUUCAUUACCCUUUUAGGGAUGUGUUCUGCUGCCUUCUUCAUCCCAACAGAAUCCUUCCUACAUGCCUGGCACUAUGUCGGUGUAGCAGGCGGUUUUGCCUUCAUCCUGAUACAGCUUGUCCUGAUCACAGCAUUCGCUCACACCUGGAAUAAGAACUGGUUGACAGGAGCUGCUGAGGACAGGCGAUGGUACCUGGCGGUCCUGUGCGCCACCCUGGGCUUCUACACCAUCGCCACAGGAGCCUUCACCUUCAUGUACAAGUUGUACACCCACCCAGCUGCCUGCCAGCUGAACAGGGUCCUGCUGUGGACCAACCUGGGCAUGUGCGGCCUCAUGUCCUUCAUCGCUGUCACACCCUGUGUGCAGGAAAGACAACCGCGCUCUGGACUCCUCCAGGCCUCCAUCAUCAGCUGUUACGUCAUGUACCUCACUUUCUCUGCCCUCUCCAGCCGUCCACCAGAAAGAGUAGAGUACCACGGGCAGAACAUCACAGUGUGCUUCCCGAACGUGAGCCGAGAUGGGAUACAGAAGGAGGGCAACGCUGUGGCCAUCAUCGGGGCAGCCAUCAUGUACUGUUGUGUGCUCUUUGCAUGCAAUGAAGCCUCUUAUCUUGCAGAAAUGUUUGGCCCCUUCUGGAUGAUCAAAGUUUAUCGAUAUGAGUUCCAGAAAGCAAGCUGUUGUUUCUGCUGCCCAGAACAAGAGGAGGAGGAAGAGCUGCAGGUGGACAAUGAGAGUAAAGGCUGCCAGAAGGUGAUCCACAAUGAAAACCAGCGUGUUGCGUACAGCUACUUCUUCUUCCAUUUUGUCUUCUUCUUGGCCUCCCUCUAUGUCAUGAUGACUCUCACCAAUUGGUUCAGCUACGAGUCAGCAGUCCUGGAAACGACCUUCACCCAUGGCAGCUGGUCCACCUUCUGGGUGAAGAUGUCUUCAUGUUGGGCCUGUAUGGUCCUCUACCUUUGGCUGCUGCUGGGGCCGCUGUGCCGCUCCGAAUCCAAGUCUCGCCCCCGGAGGUCGCGAAUUAGGAAAAGGUCGCACCGCCACGUCAGUGUCAUCGUGUGA